CGCGCGGAAGGCUGGUUUCCUGGGGGAACCUUCUGAGGGCCAGUGGUCUUCUUUUGACAGUUGUGUGGCCCUUCCGUCCAGCCGGGCUUCUGAUUCCGCCUUGUUUGUUUAUGACGACCCCUCGAUCCCUACUAACCAGGACGUGAGAACCCUCAGCUAAUACAGAAGAAGUCGCCUUGUUUACGUCAUGGAUAACACAAAGGAAAAGAAUAAUUACAAAGAUGAUCUUCUGCUUAGGAUGGGACUAAAUGAUAAUAAAGCAGGGAUGGAAGGACUGGAUAAAGACAAAAUUAACAAAAUUAUAAUGGAUGCCACAAAGGGGUCCAGAUUUUAUGGAAAUGAGCUCAAGAAGGAAAAGCAAGUCAAUCAACGAAUUGCCAAUAUGAUGCAACAGAAAGCUCAAAUUACCAACCAGCAACUAAGAAAAGCACAGUUAGAGGUUGACCGAUUUGCAAUGGAAUUGGAACGGAAGCGGAAUUUGAACAAUACCAUAGUUCAUGUUGACAUGGAUGCUUUCUAUGCAGCUGUGGAAAUGAGAGACAAUCCGGAACUGAAGGAUAAACCCAUUGCUGUAGGAUCAAUGAGUAUGUUGGCUACUUCAAAUUACCAUGCAAGGAGGUUUGGUGUUCGUGCAGCCUUGCCAGGGUUUAUUGCUAAGAGACUCUGCCCACAACUUAUUAUAGUGCCCCCAAACUUUGACAAAUACCGAGCUGUGAGUAAGGAGGUGAAGGAGAUUCUUGCUGAAUAUGAUCCCAACUUUAUGGCCGUGAGUCUGGAUGAGGCCUACUUGAAUAUAACACAGCACUUAGAGGAAAGGCGAGAUUGGCCUGAGGACAAAAGAAGGUAUUUCAGCAAAACGGGAAAUUCUGUAAAAAUUGACUCGGGUGAAGCAGGUGAGGAAGCUGACAAACUGAAUGAGGAUGAAGGGUCCAUCUCCCCGCUCCUGUUUGAAGACAGUCCUCCUGAUUUGCAACCCGAAGGAAAUCCUUCCCAGCUGAACUCUGAAGAACAAAGCAAUCUUCAAAUACUCCAAAAUUCGGUUGUUUUUGGAACAUCAGCUGAGGAAGUGGUAAAGGAAAUUCGCUUCAGAAUUGAACAGAAAACAACACUGACAGCGAGCGCAGGUAUUGCCCCCAACACAAUGCUCGCAAAAGUGUGCAGUGAUAAGAAUAAGCCAAAUGGACAGUACCAAAUUCUCCCCAGCAGAAAAGCAGUGAUGGACUUCAUCAAGGACCUGCCUAUUAGGAAGGUUUCUGGAAUAGGAAAAGUUACAGAGAAAAUGUUAAUGGCUCUGGGAAUUGUUACUUGCACAGAACUCUACCAGCAGAGAGCAUUGCUUUCUCUCCUUUUCUCCGAGACAUCCUGGCAUUAUUUCCUUCACAUCGCCCUGGGUCUAGGGUCAACAGACCUGGCAAGAGAUGGAGAAAGAAAAAGCAUGAGCGUUGAAAGGACGUUCAGUGAGAUCUUUAAAACAGAAGAACAGUACAGCUUAUGCCAAGAGCUGUGCACUGAGCUCGCUCGUGAUCUCCAGAAGGAAGGACUGAAGGGGAGAACUGUUACCGUUAAGCUGAAGAACGUGAACUUUGAAGUAAAAACUCGCGCGUCUACAGUUCAGUCCACCCUUUCUACUGCAGAAGAAAUAUUUGCUGUUGCUAAGGAACUGCUAAGGACAGAAAUUAACGCGGCUUCUCCACAUCCCCUGAGGUUAAGGUUGAUGGGUGUGCGGAUGUCGACUUUUUCCAAUGAAGAUGACAAGAAGCACCAACAAAGGAGCAUCAUUGGCUUCUUACAAGCUGGACAGCAGGCUUUGUCAUCUCCUGGGUGUGUUCUAGACAAAACCGACAAAACUGAGUUUGUAAAGCCUUUGGAAAUGUCUCAUAAGAAGAGUUUUUUUGAUAAAAAGCGAUCAGAAAGGAAUUUGAGCCAUCAAGACGCACCCAGAUGUGAAAUUGUGGAUCAGCAAGCUGUACAGAUCUCACAACCAUUCCAGGCUUUAAAGAAGACGAGCGAGAGUUUGGAAACAUCAAAGAAUUCCAAUAACUGUCAGACAUUUACGUGUCCAGUUUGCUUUAGGGAGCAAGAAGGUAUCAGUCUGGAAGCCUUUAAUGAACAUGUAGACGCGUGUCUGGAUGAACCGUCGACCAGUGAGAACUCUGAUUCCCAUGCUUCCUCGACAGCUAUUGGUCAGAAGGAAGAUGCACACCUUUCUAUUCCACUAUGUGAGAAGCGGGAUGAUGAAGUUGCCGAGAUCACUUCAGCGGAUGGUGUAGAUCUGGCAGAAACUGAAGACAACUCAUUGGAAGCAGCAAGUAUGGACACUUUAGGGAGUAAUCACAGCAAAGCGGAAUGUUCUGAUAUUCCAAACCAGUCUUGUCCUGUUUCACUGGCGAAUGAAACUGUCAGAAUAUUAAGUAGGCAAGAGUCCAUCCAGCCCUGUACAGAUGAGGUGGUAACAGGACGAGCUCUAGUUUGUCCUGUUUGUAACCUAGAACAGAAGACUUCCGAUCUUACCCUCUUCAAUGUGCACGUGGAUAUUUGCUUAAAUAAAGGCAUUAUCCAAGAACUGAGAAACAAUGAAGUUAAUUCAGCUAACCAACCCAAAGGGAGCUCCAGAAAUACUGACAGACUUCGGAAGGCAGCAGGAAGGACAAAAAGGCCAGGACUGAAGACAAAGAGCUCCACAUCAAGGAAAACAAAAGCCCAAAGUUCCAGACAGACCCUUGAUAUAUUUUUCAAAUGAACUUUGAACAUUUUUAUUGAAAUUUUAGUUUUAUAAUCAAUGUAUUUGUUCCUCCUCAUUUUAAAUUUAUUACUUAGGGAAGACAAGUAUAAUAAUACCUCCCCACAUGGCCUUUUUAAAGAAUUUAGACUAUAUAUUAACUUAUUUCUUUAUAUUUUCUUUAAUAACCGUAAGAAUCUCAUUCCCAGUAUAUAUCAGUUGGAAAUCAGUCUUGUUAGAGAUAACUUUAAAACAAAAGUAAAAGGGGCAGUCAGAAGAUGACAUGCUAUUUUAUAAUGAAUAUAAAAUACUUAUAAGGACUCUGAGUCAUGUGCUCUUGUUUCUGCACGGGCAUCUUAGUGCCUAGCUGCCGGGUCAGCACGGGCAUCUUAGUGCCUAGCCACCGGGUCAGCACGGGCAUCUUAGUGCCUAGCCGCCGGGUCAGCACGGGCAUCUUAGUGCCUAGCCACCAGCUCAGCAUGGGCGUCUUAGAGCCUCGCUGCUGGGUCAGCACGGGCAUCUUAGUGCCUAGCCUCCGGUCAGCACGGGCAUCUUAGUGCCUAGCCGCCGGGUCAGCACGGGCAUCUUAGUGCCUAGCUGCCAGGUCAGCACGGGCAUCUUAGUGCCUAGCCUCCGGUCAGCACGGGCAUCUUAGUGCCUAGCCUCCAGUAAAGAAAUAUUUAGUUUAUAACUCAAAAUUGUUUGUUUUUUUAACUCAGUACUUUAAAUGGCAGUAUUUCGUUUCUUGGUAAUUACGUUUGGCUCCCUACAAAUCUGUAGUAAACAAGAUGAGUUGUGAAGUCACUUGAUUUUCUUCCUCCUCGCUAAGAGAAAAUGUGCAGCUUAGAAGAUGAACGCCUGGUGAAGUUCUGCCCUUCCCUCAGCUAACGUUCCCGCGUCUCUGUUGCUAUUUGUGAAAGGAGAAAGAUUCGCAGCAGUUGAGGAGUUGUUCCAAGCAUGGUGCCACCCACACGCUCUUAUCAAAAAACGCUUUUUGCUACUGCUUUAAGAACUGAAUCUUGCACACGCCUUUAAUCCCAACACUCAGAAGGAAGAGGCAGGUGGAUCUCUGAGUUCAAGGCCAGCCAGGUCUACAGAGAGUGUUCUAGGGCAGCCGGAGCUACACAGAGAAACUGUGUCUCAGAAAACAAAAAAGGAGAAAGAGAACUGAAUCUUUUUUCUUAUGGUUUUGGUCUUUGAAUAUUUUAGUUCAUUUAGAGUAGACAGGGAAAUAUUUGAGGAAUAGCUAACAUCCUUAGGGCUUUUCAAACCUUUGCCACAGUCACAACCUGACUUUUAAUUACUGGCCUCAUUAAAGAUGGACUGAAAGCUUGCUGAUGUGCUAGCCCCCAACCUAUACACCUGACUUAUACACCAUGGACAGUCCCAAGCUGUGGUGUUUCGGUUAUUGAUUGUGAUUUACUUAUGUAAAUUAUUUAUAAAAUUAAGUUCAGUGAAACUGAUUUAAUGUAUUGAAAAGUAGAUAUUACUGUAUUUAUUGUUUUUCUCCAUCUAAAUUUAUUUUUACUGUUUUCCACAUUAAAUAAUAAAUUAUUUUCAUUUAGAUGCCCCAUUUAAUUG